UAUUGGCGACACUGACAAUGUGCAAAGGAAUGGAAGUUUGGAAAGACAAGUGUAUGUGUUCGUAGUUAUGAAGCAAAGGGAAGAAUAAAUCCCGAUAACACGAAAGUUUAAUUUAAAAAUUAUGUUAAGCAUACAAAGAGCACUGAACCGUAGUGUUCCAUUAUCAAGGUUUACAUGCCUUGGUAUUUGGAAUGGUCAUAAGAACACACAUUCUGCUACAACAGAGCUGUUAAGAAAUUAUAGUACCCAAUCUGUAGUUGCUAAUACACAUGACAGUAUAUUACCAGCCUGUUUAAGGACUAGAGGCCCCUAUCAGUUAACGAGUGGCACUCUCCAUAAAAAUGAGCAAAUAACGCUGUCAUUUGUUAAUUCAAGAAUACUAACAAUACAGCCGGCAUGCAUUUGCCAGGUGGAUUUUUCACAGUUUCUUUACAAACCUCAAGCAAGAAUUGAGCUACCCGUCAUCACCAUUAUUGAUACCUUCCAGUUGCCACCUGCUAGAGACACUGUUGAAUCAACUUAUGAUCCUGAGUAUUAUAUUGAAGCUCCUGCACAGGGUGGGUUGGUUCAAAAACAAGCAGCAAGGUUAAUUGUAAUAAGACGACGCAAAAUGAAAAAGCACAAAUUGAAGAAGCUACGAAAAAGAAUGAAAUUUGAAUGGGCAAAAGUUCGUCAACGAAGAGAGAUGAGAAAGGAGAAAGCUUUUCAAGCAGGGCUGAUUGCUCAGAUCAAACAAGCUGAGAAGUUUGAUGCUGAGAAGUAUGUUGCAGAACGAUUGCAGAAAGCUCAUAAGGUUCCACUUCCAAGAACUUGGAAGGGAAAACGGCUUCCAUUCUUCAUCAUCAAGCAAAAGUUAGGAAUUAAGUAGUUCACUUAUUCCUGCCUCACGAGUGUUUGGAAUGUAUGUAAUGGUACACAAUAUUAAAUUUGUAUAUAAAACUGA